AACGGAAGUAUGCGAGUUUCGUGUUGGAAAAAAGUUUUCAUGGUUGUUUUCAUGCCAGUGCAAAAAAAGAGUAACGUCUCAGUCGUUUCUCGACUCUCAUGAGUUUGUGUUGAAGCAGUUUGAAGACACCAAAGGGACCAGCACCUCUGAACAAUGGGGAGUGAACCAGGCCCAGUUCAGGUCGUCACAGUGUGUAAGGAGGAUCACUCCUUCACAUUGGACACGGAGGCUUUGGCUAAGAUUCUGUUGGCUCCUGAGGUCCGAGACAAGCAUGUGGUGGUGCUGUCGGUGGCUGGCGCAUUCAGGAAGGGGAAGAGUUUCCUGCUUGAUUUCAUGCUCCGUUACAUGUACAGAAAGGGUGAUGAAAACUGGCUGGGUCAGGACGACGAGCCGCUGACAGGGUUUUCAUGGAGAGGGGGUUCAGAACCGGAGACAACUGGCAUCCAGCUGUGGAGUGAAGUUUUCCCCGUCCAAAGGAGUGAUGGAACAGAGGUGGCAGUAGUGUUGAUGGACACUCAGGGAGCAUUCGAUGACCAGUCCACCGUGAAGGACUGUGCCACCAUCUUUGCCCUCAGCACCAUGACCAGCUCAGUCCAGAUCUACAAUCUGUCACAGAACAUACAAGAGGACGAUCUGCAGCAGCUACAGCUGUUCACUGAGUAUGGCCGUCUUGCCAUGGAUGAAAUCUUUUUGAAGCCAUUUCAAUCUUUGAUGUUCGUAAUCAGGGAUUGGAGUUUUCCCUAUGAAUACACCUACGGGUUUAAAGGAGGCAAGGAAUUCCUGGAUAAACGGUUACAGGUUAAGGAGGCGCAACAUGAGGAGCUGCAGACAGUGAGGGAGCACAUCCAUUCAUGCUUCACCAACAUUUCCUGCUUCCUGUUACCUCACCCUGGGUUGAAGGUCGCCACCCACCCUGCUUUUCGCGGACAACUUCAAGAUGUGGCACCAGAGUUCAAAGAGCAGCUGCAGAGUUUAAUUCCCAAACUGCUGCAUCCGGACAGACUGGCUGAGAAAGAAAUAAACGGAAACAAAGUCACCUGCAGGGGUCUGCUUGAGUUCUUCAAGGCUUACAUCAAGAUUUACCAGGGAGAAGACUUGCCACAGCCAAAGACUAUGCUCAUGGCUACAGCAGAGGCCAAUAACCUGGCAGCCGUGGCAACAGCCAAAGAUCAGUACAACAAGAACAUGGAGAAGGUGUGUGGAGGAGACCUGCCCUAUGUGUCUCCUGAUUCUCUGGAGGAGAAGCAUCAGUUUUACUCCCGAGGGGCUCUUCACACCUUCUCAUCAACCAAGAAGAUGGGUGGACAAGAGUUUUGUGACCGUUACCAAGCACAGCUUGAAAAGGAGCUGGAGGAAAUGUGGCAGUCUUUCUGCAAGCACAACGAGUCAAAAAAUCUCUUCAGCGCCUUCCGGACACCUGCAGUGCUGUUUGUCCUGGUGUGCUUCCUGUACGUGGUUUCAGGUGUGUUGCUCUUUGUCGGCCUGACUACCUUCGCCCUGGUGUGUGACUGCACUCUGGGCGUGGUCAUGAUGGCUAUGCUGACGUGGGCCUUCAUACGCUACUCCGGUCGGUACCGGACUGUAGGGGGAGCCAUCGAUCAGGCUGCGGGUGUCGUCCUGGAGCAGGCCACGGUGGUGUUGAACAAGUCAAGAGGGACAAGCAUCGCAGAACAGAAGAAAUCCAGUUAGAGGACCUCUGAACCUUUUUAUAAUCUCGAUGCAAUGCAACCAGCACACAACACAAGCACACAUUCAGCACUAAAGCCUUAUCAUGCCACCCACUGGAACAAACAUGCAGCUAAACUACAUUGGCACGGGCUACAAAUGCACAAGUGGUACAAAAUGCCGAUUUACCAGCAUCUUUAUUACGCAAGUUACUCUGCGUGUUGAAGCCCAGGCUCAAGUAAAGGUGACUGGAUUCACUGAGACGGGGAUCAAACCAUUACAGUCCCUCUGAUUGAUACUUCAUGUCUUAAAAUUGACACUGCCAUCAUUUUACAAGUUUACAAUUGGUCUUAAAAGACAAGUCAGCGUUUACCUUGAAACUUAUAAAACACUUUAAAUUGUAUUUAAGUCGAAUGGAUCUCACUCGGCGGUAUAUUGUUCAGACAGGGGUAGUCAGGGUGCUUUCCAAACAAAGCUUCUGCAGUAUAUCUUUAUAAUAUUUACCUAAAAAAAAACAAAAAAACAAAGCGCUGGCUUUAAAGCUUCUACAUUUAUACAUAUUUCUUUGUGGCUAUAUUUUUUUUUACUUUGUGGCCUUAAAAACAUUCCAUUCUGUUUGUAGAUUUACUUUAUCUUUGAUAUAGACUUGCAUUUCUAGAAAGGUGAACUGUCACUAGUUUUGGAAGGAGGAGAGAAAACGCACUUUCUAUAUAUAGCACAGCAGAUUUUGGAGGCUGUGUGUAAUGCUUUGCUGAUUAUUCCUUGAUGGAAAUAUGUUACACUUUGUAGAUUUUGCUACUAGGCACUAGACUCUUAUAAGAGAAAUUAUAUAUAGGAACUUAAUUCUGCAAAACUCCAAAGAUAAUCCUUUAUUGGAAUACUCAAUGGUGUUGAACGACCAGACAGCCAAAGAGUUCGCUUUAAAUAUUGUAACAAGUUUAAGUUAUACUUUGACCUUGUACUCUUAUCACUUCAAAUAUAUAUAGAGAGUAUAAGCUGAAAUUUAGUCUGCAGUGUAAACAGAGUUUUAUCCAUUCAAGCAUUAAAAAAUGGCAGUGAAAUUAAUGAAAACUGAGAAAAAUCUUUGUCACUGAAACAUCAAAUGUGUUAAACAUACAUGGAACAAAUAAGAAGACAGACGAGAAUACACACGUAACGAGCAGGAGAAACCUGCAGUAAACAGGACUGUCGGCCUGUUUUAUGUAGUGCAGUGAGAAAGUACUCUGUGCUGUGUCGUUGUGAUGUAGAAUAGAGUGCACAUUGGUGAUCUGGCUACAAGUUAAAGGAAAAUGUGGAUAUUUCAUCUAUUUCACAGUUACUUAUUCUCAAACAUCUGUCAACAUAAAACAGCUUUUAGAAUAUGAGCAAAGAUAAACUCUUUUUGGGGGUAAAAAGGACCAUUUUACAUUUGAAUCCAGCUUGAAACUAUCGCAUGCUCGGGUUAGAGCUUAGCUUUGAAUGACUUGCACGUUAAAGAGUUUAUGUAAUAUAGAUAUAAAGCCAUACUACAGAAAUGAAGAAAAUAAUAAAUUGGGGGCGACUUGAUUCUUAAGUUCUCAUGUACAUGUGGCCAUUUAGUCAGUCUCCUGCAUUUUUCAAAAAUCUGUCAUACAGAGAAUUAAAAAGGUAGACUGGAUUUGUUUUUGUGUGUUUUUUUUUUCCAUUGUGGGGCCAAGCAGGGCUUCCUUUAACUCUGCCCUACAUCUCUGAAUUUGAUCAAAUGCAGAUUCUUUCAGAAACAUUUGACUGGAGAAGUGGAAUGGCAAGCAUUUAGUAAAACAGGCCUUUUAAACACCAUGAGAGUUUGUGACCUGUAGCCUGAACUGAUAAUACAUUGGGCACCUCAACAACUACCCAUACACACAAAAAUAGGGAAGAAAAAAUGCUUUAAUCUCACAGUAAUUCCAUUAGGUGCAAGUCAUGAGAAUACAGGGCUAAAUGUGACCACACAAACACUGAGGAGUUCAACAUUUUUCGACCAUCGUUUUGCACAUUCCACGUCGAUCCCUUUCCACAAGAGGAGGAACCUUCAGGAUGUUUCACAGCAUUUACUAUUGCACCCUCCCUCCUCUUCGGUGCAUUUUGUAAACAGCUUGUCCCAAAAGUGAAUCAAUGCAUGCAAUUAUUUUGGUAUCUGCUAUUGUAAUCAUCUCUUGCAAGGGGGGGUUGGUAUUGGCGGCCUUGUCUGGAGAAAUGCUGUUUUAUAAAGAAUAAACAGAGCUUGAAAACUGUUAA